GUCCAGGUUGCAGGCUCUAUGGCUCGUGAGGCAGCGCUUAGAAGAACAGUCGCUUGGAGCUGUGGGCUACGCGAGCCUGCAGCUCUGCUUUUGGUUCGGCUACAUCUGCUUUGGCUCUGGGUUAAACUCCUUGGAUGUCUGCCUAGGCUUGUAACAAAAGAGGAGUCACAAAGAUAUCUUCGUGGCAAAAAUGGGAAGUGUAAAAUUAAUGUGGAAAGUAUGCCAUGGGAUCAAGCAGGAAGAGGUUGUCUGCUGGAAGAGAGGAGAGUGAGGAAACUGGAGGGGAAGCAAAGAGGCAGCACUACCAGCAAACACAAUCCUCUUGAUGGUGUGCCAUGUUCAGCAGAGCUGAAGGGUUGGCUUUGCUGAGGGAUUUGGUGUUUGCCCAACUGUGUGUUCCUAUUGGAAAGAGUGAUACAGCGUCUGUUUCAGGGGGAGCAGUCAGAUCAAAGCAGGAGUGCUUUUCCAGUGGAGUUUUCAGGUGCUCUCCUUUGCGCAUUUGCCUUCAGCAUAGAUAAGUGGGCAGACAGCUGUGAGACAGUGGAUCUAUCCAAGAUCUAGUGGGACAUAAACCCUCUCCUGAGAGUGCUGUGCUGAAACAAGUUCAAAGUCAUUCCUCUUUAUCCUGUAGUAUCUUAAAAGGCUGCCAAUGAGCAGGAUCUUGAAUCAAAGGGAAAAAAUAAUCCUACAGGCAAAGAACUUGGUUGGGGCAGGAGUGAUGACUAGCUGAAACCAGAUGUAGAAAGAUCAGUUUAUAGAUUUGGCAGUGGCUGUUUCCAUUUUGGGUUAGAACAAUUUAACAGGCCCUGAUGCGUGCACUGGCUGACAGCCCCUGCAUAUCCGAGUCUGUCCAAAUAGGAAUUCCUUAAGCAGUUGCUGAUACUUACUGGCUUAUAGCAUAGUGAGACAGAGCCACAGUGAAGUCCGUGACUUGGCUGCUCUUCUGUAAUCCUUGUUGUGUAUGUAAACUAUCUGAGUGCCUGUCCUGGUAUGGAUCUUGAACAAAACAGAGCCAAAGGCAAGGCAGCCCUGCUGAGGAAGCUGCUUUUUAUAAUGCAGUUGCCCUGUACUGUUAAUUGCCUGAGAGGAACAGUAAUUGCUGUUGGGAUAUACGGUGCUUUGUUCUACCCAUACCAAGAAAUCAAACUUAAGAAUGAAGGUGUGUGAUGUGGCAACUGUAGCAAACAUUAAAGUGAUACGUCAGCAGUUGUGAUGAGAAUGAACCUUAUUUCACAGACUAAAAUGUUUGCAGAUCAUUUAAUUCUGCUUCCUUCCUACAACUACUUCAUGUAUUCUUCUUAGUUCAAGGGAAGAGUUGUAACUUCCUUAGACCAAUCUAUUAAGGUAUACCACUUCACUCAAGAUGGGGAUUUUCACUGGAGGUACUGUACUUUGAAUUUUGCAAAGUGCACUGUGAGAUGCAGGUCAGCGGGGCUGUAAGCAUCGUCCACUGGUGAUGGGAGCGUUGUGUACUUCUGCUUCCUCUUUGGUUUCACACAGAGCAUUGCUUCCUGGAAAGUACUGCAAGAGGUCACUCACAGCCCUUCUGCCUACGUGUCUACUUUACAGCUGUUUACGAGGGUGGAUAGUGAUAGGAUGAAGGGGAAUAGUUUUAAGCUGAGACGGGGGAGGUUUAGGUUGGAUAUUAGGAGGAAUUUUUUCACCCAGAGGGUGGUGACGCACUGAACAGGUUGCCCAAGGAGGCUGUGGAUGCCCCAUCCCUGGAGGCAUUCAAGGCCAGGCUGGAUGUGGCUCUGGGCAGCCUGGUCUGCUGGUUGGCAACCCUGCACAUAGCAGGGGGGUUGAAACCAGAUGGUCAUUGUGGUCCUUUUCAACCCAGGCCAUCCUAUGAUUCUAUGAUACGUGUACGGUGAAGGUCUAUUUCUUUGUUUGUUACGGGCAGAAACAAAAGGUUAAUCGGGGAAUGUUUGUUAUUUCUGUUUUUUUCUCCAAACUGCUUUAAUUAAAAUGACGAGAUGAAAAAUGAUGCUGCAUGAAUACUGUCUUGUCACUUUCUCUGUAUGCAGUGUUUGUUUCAUACGAGCACAAAUAAUGUGCUCUUGCACUAUCUGGAAGAAGAAAUGACUGAAAACCCUUUCUGCAGUCAGAAGAAUGAUGGAAGUUAGAAUCCUUUUUUGCAUAAUCCCCUCACUUUUUUUGCUUGUGGAUACAGCUGUGCUAACACAAUGCAAUGUUUGAGUUGAGAGGUCUGCAAAAUCCUGGCACCAGUGAUAGCUUUUAGACUGAGGCUCUUAUUUGAUAGAUUUUCAAAGCAAUACUGUGCUCGACAUAUCUGUGUGUCCUUGGAAGAAGGCUUUCAGUUCACUUCUCAAAGGAAAUACUUUCAAAAGGAAAAGGUUGAUUUUGCCAAGAGCCAGAUAAGGUCAGAGUAAUUAGACAAACUAGAGCUUUGUGGGUCGUAAAUGAAUGCAGCCUGCUCCAUGGGGAAGCACAAAUGCACUAAGAGAACAGGAAAGUGAAAUGUGUGAGGAUGCCUACAUUUGUUGGCCAACUGAGGUUCUGCACAUCUCUCUUAAUGUAUUCUCAGGCAUAGGAUUGUGAUUUACAAAUAGUCUUCCACAUUUUAUAGACAGGUGGAAGAUUCACGUAUAUGCAUAUAUGUGAAUCAUUUAACUCAGAAAAUGGCUCCACUGAAAUUGUGACUGUCUUAAUUCCUAACUUUUUAAAUACUAUAUAUUUGUAAAUUGCUAUUAUAAUUUGAUUGCUAUGGUGAUUCACUGUAGGCAGUCAAGUGCUUAUGUAGUAGGCCAUACCUAACUUCCUGUUUCUAGUGUUUCUGUUGUGAGAUAGCAGGUAGAUUGAUAUUUCAGUCUCUACCCUGCUACUGGAAGUGGAAAACAGGGACUACUACACUCACAGCUAUAAGAGAGUGUCUAGUUGGGUUACCCCAGGGAUCAAACGUGGUAGUUAAGAGUCAGUACAGUUAGGAAACUUAGGAAAGUGAGCUGGGGGAGUAGGUGUGAAUGGCACUGAGGGAUGUGGUUAGUGGGCAUGGUGGUGAUGGGUUAAUGGUUGGACUAGAUGGUCUUAGUGGUCUUUUCCAACCCUAAAGAUUUUAUGGCAGGCGAAGACUUGGAGUUCCCCAGAUUUCUUUUCUUUCUGGCUCCAGGGGGCAAUAUAGGCUGUCUCAUCUUUGCUGUGACUUCAGCUGAAGAAAAUAGGAUAUGUUGUCUUGGAAAAGCAAGAUCAGGUUGAGAGAAUUAAACCAUGAGCAAUGUCUGGGCAGCAGAGUAGCUGAAAGGAGGAAAGGCUCCUGAGUGGCAAUCAGAGUUAGGGAGGUUAAGUGUAACCGUGGAUAAAAUACCAAAUAAAAUUGCAUGUGAGGAAGCAAAGUAGGAGCUGUUUGGACAAGUCAAAAGGCUCAAUUACAUUCAGGUGCCCAAAUGGUGCUCUGGCAUUCCCGUGUAAGUGUAAGCAGGAGGAGAAGGACACAGAAGAGGAAAGAUGAAAGGGCUUACGCAUCUUGUGUGGGCAUCAGCAUUCCCAGAGAGAUGUUGUUUAUAGCAUCACAUUUCCCAGGAAUUAGCUAAGCAGACAAGUCGUUCCUUUCCUCUGCCCUGUCUCGUUGUUGGGACACGCAAGCUUUGUCCUGAAUUAGCUGCAGAAAGGCAGUGCUCUGCGUUAGGGAGCCAGCAGGCCUCGGGGCCAGCACCUGCUGCCCUUGGGAGUGAGGAGCAGCAGGGAUUGCUCAGUGGGUGCAGCACCGACAGCUUAAACACACGCAGAAAAUGCUGCCUUCCCAACAGCUACCCUAAAGGUCACGUAAAUCAUACUGUGACGUGGCUCCUGCGGCUUGAUGACAUUUUCAGAUGGGUUUCUGAGUGCUCACCGAGGCAGUGGCUAAGCAAAUCUGUUUAGAUUCUUUCUCCACUUUUAAGCCAUAGGAAGAGAAAACGCUUUUCUCAGGCACUUAGUGAAGCAGACGUGCUCUGCCGUGUUUCUCCAGCCAGCUUUCUCAUCACAGCAAGGAGAUGUCUCCUCGUAACGUCUGAGCCGGACGAAGACAACUUCAGGGCAGUGCUGUGUCGGGCUGUUCUGGAUCUGCAGAGAUGUGAGAAGCAGAAUGCUGUGUAGAGAAGCCUCCUGACAAGAAGUUUGCUUUUCUGCAGUUGUUUUUGGAUGUGCCUUCUGAGGAGUUCAAGGCAUUCACUGGAGUCUUCCCAGGGACGAUGUCGUGUUUGACGAUGAAAGCUCAUUGCCGGGACAAAAGAGGAAGUUUCUUUAAGCUCAUUGACACGAUUGCCUCAGAAAUCGGAGAACUGAAACAGGAGAUGGUUCAGACAGAUGUCAUGGUGGAAGAUGAGCCUGCAGAUUUGCGAAGUCUAGUAAAGAACAUGGAUAAUGUCUCUUCAGAGAAGAAGGAUGUAAAAGGCUGCCCUCGGGACUCUGGAUAUGACAGCCUAUCCAACAAGCUGAGCAUAUUGGACAAGCUCCUCCAUACUCACCCUGUGUGGCUCCAGCUUGGUCUGAAUGAUGCUGAAGCCACAGAAAUUCUGCGUGCACAGCCUCCUGGGAUAUUUUUGGUUAGGAAAUCUUCAAAACUGCUGAAGAAGGUCAUAUCUCUGCGUCUGCCAGGUGACUGUGGGUCCUGCCUGAAGGAAUUUGCAAUAAAAGAGAGCACAUACACGUUUUCCUUAGAGGGGUCUGGAAUAAGUUUUGCUGAUUUAUUCAGGCUCAUUGCUUUCUACUGUAUUAGUAGGGAUGUCCUUCCAUUCACCCUGAAGUUGCCUCAUGCUAUUGCUGCAGCAAAGACAGAAGCUGAACUUGAAGAGAUUGCUCAGCUUGGACUGAACUUCUGGAGCUCUCCAGCUAACAGCAGCCCCUCAGAUGCUUCAGCUCCCCGUAAGCCUGGGCCUUCAGACAGCGCUAGCAAAGACUCGCGUCAGCUCUGCCUUAUAAAUGGAGUGCAUUCUAUACGAACCAGAACGCCUUUGGAGCUGGAGUGCAGCCAGACCAACGGAGCGCUGUGUUUCAUUAAUCCACUCUUCUUAAAAGUGCACAGCCAGGAUGUCACUGGAAGUCUGAAAAGGCAGAGCCUGAAAUCUCAGGACGUGAAUGGCACCGAGAGGCCUCGCUCCCCCCCACCCCGGCCACCACCUCCUUCUAUUAAUAGCGUCCUCAUGAGUCCACAGCUUUCCAGGACUAUAAAGCAGGCGAGCGUGCCAGAAACAGUCAACCAUAAGAAAGAGAGAGACUUGGAUUUGCUGCAGAGUAAACCAACCCCUAUUCCGCCUCCUCGGCUGAAGAAGCAGGCUGUUAGUGCAGAGGUGGAGGGCGGCAGCUCAAAGCCCGCGGCCGUAAUUCAACCUGCCUGCAAUUCUGUGCGUGUCCCCGCAGCUGCUGACGUUGUAGGUGAAACCCCCCCACCUCAGCCAGCUCCGACGGCUUCCAAGAAGCCUGCAGUUAGCAGCUCUGAGUCACACGUACCCUGGAAUGGAGGCAGGCAGAGGCUGAGCGACAUGAGUAUUUCUACCUCCUCCUCUGACUCGCUGGACUUCGAUCGGAGCAUGCCGUUGUUUGGCUAUGAGGGGGACACUAACAGCAGCCUGGAGGAUUUUGAGGGGGAAAGCGACCAAGAGAGCAUGGCACCUCCGUUGAAACCCAAGAAGAAGAGAAACAGUUCGUUCGUUCUUCCCAAGAUUGUGAAAUCCCAGCUACGGAAAGUUAGUGGAGUUUUCAGUUCCUUCAUGACCCCUGAAAAGAGAAUGAUUAAGAAGAUUGCAGAGAUGUCCCGGGACAAACGCACUUACUUUGGAUGCCUGGUGCAGGACUAUAUCAGCUUUCUCCAGGAAAACAAGGAGUGCCACGUUUCCAGCACAGAUAUGCUGCAAACAGUUCGGCAGUUCAUGACCCAAGUUAAGAACUAUUUGUCCCAAAGCUCUGAACUUGAUCCCCCAAUCGAAUCGCUGAUUCCAGAGGACCAAAUAGAUGUUGUCCUGGAGAAAGCCAUGCAUAAGUGCAUUCUGAAGCCAUUGAAGGGCCACAUAGAAGCGAUGUUGAAAGAGUUUCAUACUGCAGAUGGUUCUUGGAAACAGCUAAAGGAAAACCUACAGCUGGUACGGCAGAGGAAUCCUCAGGAACUAGGCGUGUUUGUUCCAACACCAGACUUCGUGGAUGUUGAGAAGAUUAAAGUCAAGUUCAUGACCAUGCAGAAAAUGUACUCGCCUGAAAAGAAGGUCAUGCUGCUGCUGAGAGUUUGCAAAUUGAUUUACACAGUUAUGGAGAAUAACUCAGGGAGGCUGUAUGGAGCUGAUGACUUCUUGCCUGUAUUGACAUAUGUAAUAGCUCAAUGUGACAUGCUGGAGCUGGAUACUGAAAUUGAGUACAUGAUGGAAUUGCUGGAUCCAUCUUUGCUGCAUGGAGAAGGAGGCUAUUACUUGACAAGCGCUUAUGGAGCACUUUCGCUGAUCAAGAAUUUCCAGGAAGAACAAGCUGCCAGACUGCUAAGUUCAGAAGCCAGAGAUACUCUCAGGCAAUGGCACAAAAGGAGGACGACUAACAGGACGAUACCUUCAGUUGAUGAUUUUCAGAACUACCUUCGAGUUGCAUUCCAGGACGUCAACAGUGGAUGCACAGGAAAGACGUUACUAGUAAGACCGUAUAUCACUACAGAAGAUGUAUGCCAGCUGUGUGCUGAGAAGUUUAAAGUGGACAACCCAAAAGAAUAUAGCCUCUUUCUUUUUGUUGAUGACACCUGGCAGCAACUGACGGAAGAUACCUACCCACAGAAGAUUAAGGCUGAACUGCACAGCCGUCCGCAGCCCCAGGUCUUCCACUUUGUCUACAAGCGCAUUAACAGUGAUCCUUACAGUGCCAUUUUUCAAAACGACGACUCUGCCUCUUAAAGCCAGCAAUUUACAGCUUAAAUUCUGUUUGCUUACCUGUUGAAAAUAACCUUGUUAGCUCCCUGCCUUAGGAGCUGAAACGGUCUAUGCAGGUUUUGAACCAUAAAUGCCUAGCGAAAUGCGUGCAGACACAUCUAGUGUUGCUUAGAAAAAAACAAUAAUACACGUAAUAAACCAUGCAUAUGGCUAGUUGUGCAGAGUAUUCCACCAGAGCAUUUGAGUAAGCAGCCCGUGAAGCUGAAUUUCUUGUACCACAGACUUGCUUGAAAUGAAACAUAUUAUACUGUGGCCCUCUGCAGUUCUUUUUGCUGUAGCGUGCCAAAAUCUAUUUUCUUACACUCAUCCUUUAGCCAAAUGUCACUUUGAUUUAAAUAUACGUAUGUUAGAUAAUUACUUCAGUAAACUCUCUGGUGUGUGCUCAGUUUCACCAGCGUGAGUUGGACAAGACUGUCCGAUGCAGGGCAUCAGUUAGCUCAUUACCUGGAUGAUUGCAUCCUUUUCUAAUUGUUUUUUAUUACAGAAAAGCUCCAUGUUUUUAUAUAUAUUUCCUAGAAAUUUUAUAGCAGUUGCAGGUAAACUGUCAGGGUUGUUUUUUUAAAAUAUUUUUUUAACUAUAAGAUAUUCUAUAAUUAUGCAUGUGAUUUUAACACUUAAUAUACAAGAAUAAAUCUCUUGCUGGUUUUAGAGUAUUGCAUUAAAAGUCUCCUUGGUUUCUCUUCUUUUCUUGUUACAGGAGAGUUUAUGACAUUUCUGUUAUGUGUAAGAAGAUUGUAACAUUGGCACUGGUGAUUUCAGUGCCUUUAUCAGAACUUUAGAUACUGCUAUCUGGAUUCCUGUUUAUAUGCAUUGUUUUAAAUAGAACUGGGCGGUUGGAAGGGGAAGUUGAAAGAAGAGGAUGUAGAGAAGGGGCAGAGAAGGAAUUUAAGAACCGAAUUUGGGAUUAAAAUGUGUUAGUCUGCUGGUUCAGGCUCCUUGCAGAAAAUGAGCAAAGGUUGGCAAGGAACUUAUGUGUAAACUUUACUGUACAUUUGCAGAGGGAUUUGACAGCACCUAUCCCAGAUACUGCUGGUGUUAGCAGAGGAUUAGCUGUAUCAGUACGGUGAAUGAGAACACUAACCAUUUUGUAUAGUCUGUCAGCACCGUCAAAACGUGUUUUGGACUGAAGAGUACGUUGUAGCAUUUCAUGACUCCUAAGUUACUCAGUAGGUGACACGUGAAGGUCAGAGUCCUACGUAUACAAAGAUAAAAUGGUAUUGAAUAUGUGUGUUCUGUAGGCUUGUGCAGGAUAGCUGGUGCUGUGGGUGAUGCUGUGGGUCCUACUGAAGUCAGGUAGGGCUGCUUUUUUGUUUCUUCCUUUUUCUAGAGAGACAUGGAGUUCCCUCCAGGUCCUGUGUGGGCAGAUGAUUGCAGAAAUACAUCACAAGCAACACGUGUAUUGUACAUACAAAGAUCUGUAGCAUUUUUAAUGUUAGUUUGCCAUGUAUUUGAAACCCCUGGCACAUGUUUGUAUUUCAUUUUGUAAAAGGCAAAUGGUGAAUUUUGCACAUAAUACAUUGUAAUACUGAACAUAA